AAUGAACCCGUGCCGUCUCAUCGCAAUCGCUGAUUGGCCAAUCGGCGUGAGAAAGCUACACCAAGUGCUGUAAGAGCUUCAAAACAGUUUUGAGAAAUGGUCAAGUUUCAUCCAUAACGGGAGAACACCUUGAAUAGUGUGUCGAGAUGAUGCUUUCAGGCCCGAUUCCGACCGACCCUGGCUACUCACGGUCAACAGAGCGACGUUCAAGCUGGUCAGCUGAGUCCAGUCGACCGGUCCCUAGAGUAAGACCAGAAGCAGAGAAUAUAGCUACCAAGGCCAAGGGUAGUGUUGGGAACCUGCUUGUUACAGGAGAGAAUGUCUACAGACCACCGACAAGACAGAAACCCCAGCCCAAGGAUUUCAGUAAAGACAAUGUGAGACGGAUGAGACAAAUACAGUCACAGAGUAGAAAGAAACAGCGAGAGGAGGUCAUUGAAAAGAAUAAACCAAUGAAGGUGCUACCACAGUCUGAGAAGUACAAGGUUGUUCCUUCAAAAGUCACAGAAAACCUCAAGAAAUCACCACCACCUCCCAGGCCAUCUUCUGCAAACUACUUGAGAUCACACAGUCGAACUGGAGCUGUCUCAAGGGGGCGCUCUCCGAGUCCUGCUCCCCGACCAAGUAGUGCUGCAUCAGAGGUCAGUCUUCACAUAGAUGGAAAUGCACCUAACUUCAUUGCACACAAUGCCAAGCUGGCCAAGAAAUCGAAACCCCAGAGACCCCCUUCAGCUCAGGCACUCGACUCGUUGCAAAUGAAAAGGGAGGGGGAUAUGGAGAGAUACAAGAGAGGCCAGACCCCCAAGUACUUACAAAGCAGGCAGAAACAAUGGCAGAGAGAUGAGGAAGAAAGAAUAAGAAACACCCCUGAUCCUGACAUGCCGCUGGGUCAUAAGAAAAUGGCGGAGGAAGAGAGGAUUAGAACAUUAGAGAUUCUUAAAGAGAAGGAGAAAGACCUCCAGAGCAGUCUGUUGAAGUUCCCUCUUGCGGUUGAAACCCUACGAGCAAAGAAACAGAAGGCGGAGAUUGAAAACAGGCUGGCCGAGGUUGAAGAGGCAAUUAAGAUAUUUUCAAGGCGGAAAGUCUUCGUCAAAGUGGACAGCUAGAAUGAACUAUUCAGAGACUAUUCAUGGUGUACCUUUAGUGAGUGAGCAUGGGAGAGAGAAAGAGAGAGAGAAAACAAAAAGAGGGAGUGAGAUGGGCAGGGGGGAGGGAGAGAGGGAGAGAGAGAACAAAAAUAGGAUACCUUUAUGUGUGUGCAUAUUCUGUGUUUUGUGACAUGAUGACAUCUGUCCAGGGGCCAGUUUAGGAUGUAACUAUGGACAUCUAACUAAAGAAAUCAGAACCUGAUAUGCAUCAAAAUGUGGGAAUUUCAAGGAGAAGUCUACAUGUUGAACAGCUCUAAAGAUACAGUGAAAGGAAGCUAGCAGCACAAAAUACAACCCGAAAUACAUCAGGAUGUAAACAUUUUGAGAAGUCUAAGUAUAUGCUGAACAGCGACAAAGAUGCAGCAACUGGAAGAAAUUACAAGUACAUGCAUACAACAUAAGGUGCAUCAGAUUCGAAAUGUGUGAAGUUCAAGCAGAACUCUUUAAUAGUGAACAGUUAUAAAUGCAGCAAAAAGAAGAUAUCACAUUUGUAGCUACUGUUUGCAUUAAGUAGAAACUUGGAGAGAUAUAUCAGCAGAAAAUAGAAGUGGGAGAUAUCAGUCGGAAAGAUACAAUUUGCAUAGGAAGAUGUUUUGUUCUGUAGGGUGUGAGUUAUCCUUUAGUGUGAGCUUAAUUAUCUCAAAAUGGCAUCCGUCCCAUGUUAUGUUGCUUACGAUUCAGUGUACGUUACAGAGUAAUGUUGAUGCUUUUUGUUAACAUGUAGAUGAAUUACCAUUUUGUCUAACUCUAAUCCCACUUUGUGAAAUCCUAAUUUACAUGUAUGUCAUACUCAGUUAUAUGAUAAGUUAAAGAGGGGAAAUGAAAACUGAUGAAUGCAGAAAUAUGAAAUGAAAUCAAUAGUUUGUAUUUUGUAAUAAUGGCCAAAUAAUUGCUGCCUUGCCUGAAAUCAUUCAGUAUGUGCCUAAACCUCAAGCUGAAAGUGGAAAAUUUCAGAUGAUAUAUGGGGUAAUUCAUAUUGUUAUCUUCAAGGUCGCAAUCAGUUCUGUGACAUGAAAUGUACUGCAGAAGUGUGAAUUAAUUUCAAUAGUACUUAACUUUGACUUAUCUUGAAUUGUGAACCUUAUGUUUACUCAUUAAAGUUAUCUUUUUUGUUAUUUUUGCUGCACUGUAAAUAGUGCACUGGCGUAUAAGUCAAUUUUACAUGAACUUUACAUUUCAAAAAUAGAUCGUAGAAUUUUAUUAUUAAUAUGUCUUCUUUUCAACAACUCCAAUUACAAAGUGUAUUUUUCUUCCUUUCCUCGUCUUCAACAUCACUUUUUAAUCAUGAAAUCUUUCAUAUGUAAUUAUCUUGAAUAUUGCAAAAUAUGUAUUCAUUGCAAAUGAUUUCAGGGAUUAGACCAGUGAAAGCUGUGUACAAGAUUUUUUUUUUUUUUUGGGGGGGGGAGCAUUGAAAUAACCUUGGUAAAUCAGGUUUUAAAUGAAAGAAAUAGAAUAUAAAGAACCGAAGCAGGAAAAUCUUUAAAACUUUGUUACAUGUUACCUAUUUUUAGAAAUGUUUUCAUUUAUAUUUGGCUUUGCAUAAAUUUCACAUUUUCUCUUUAACCAUUCUGCAAUAAAUUUAUAAGCUGCAUAAAAACAAAAUAAGAAAAAAAACAUGAAUCAUAUUAAUGAAGAUCUUCACAAUAGUAUGGCUUGACAUUCCAUUUGAAAAAUUCCCCAAAUAAUGCUGUUUGAAGAAUUGUAUCUCUGCUGUUCUUGUGUAAUGUUUCUAAAUUUAUUGACAUAUACAUAUUUUUGCUUUUACAAUUUUAGAAAGUGUGCAUUUCAUUGAGACAUAAUAUAAACUGUGUGACACUGAGUAUGUUUACAAUUCGUCGCCUUCCCGCACAAAUGCUGUUAGCGUGCACUGCGCGUCGCCUUCCCGUGAAAGGGCCGUUAGCGUCGCCUUCCCGCACAAAGGCCAUUAGCGCAUACUUUUCACUACAUGAUAACAGGCUUUGUGCGGGAAGGCGACAAAUUAUUACAUUUUGGCACUGAACAGUACUCUGGUUUAAAAUCCAUACAUUUGUAUAAACUUAGUUCUCAAGACUAAUGCCAGUUUAAUAAUAUUUGUGUUUUAUUAGCUUGUGUAAGCACAUACACUAUCUACAGCAAGUGACAUUGUAUUUUUUUGUCAUCAUAGUUAAUAUCGCUUCUCAACAGCAAAACUUGGACCCAGGAACACAAAGAUUAUUGAUUGAUCGUAGUUCUUAUUUUUACAAUUAAUUGCAUUGAAUCAUUAUAUGCAAUCAAUUGCAUUUAUCAACUGUAUGAUCAAUCAUAAGCUUUGUGUUGCGUAGUCCUGCUAAUAAAGCAGUUAUUAAAUGAACUGAUGUAUGUUUUGAUUCAUCUAGGAAGAAAUGCAAAUUACGAAUAGAAAUAAAUCUGAUCAUCUGGACUUACUAAAUGAUUCAAGCAAUGGACUAGAUCAGAAUAAAUUUAGUGUUUGCAGCAAACGCAGUCAGCAUGGCACGAUUGGUUUAAACAAUGUUUUUGUAACUAGACUGUCUUGACAACUUGGCCAGUGUAAAGAUAUCUAAUUUCAAUACUCUAGAAAUAUUAAUUCAUUUUAAUAUGAAACGUUUCAUGAUAUAUUUGCUGUGUCUGUAUUCAUUUAUACUGUUCUUUAUACCUCGGUCACAUUUGCUCUAUGGCGGCCGUAUGGCAAGUCAAAAACAGCUGUUUUAACAUUUUUUCUAAUAGCUACAUAUACAUGGUUUGAAUAAAAAUGAAUAAAACGGCUGUUUUUGACUCGCUGUAUGGUCUUCAUAGAGCAAAUGUGACCAAGGAAUUACAAUGUAGCUAGUCCAGAUGCUGGCCCUUCAUACAUGUAUUUGUUUCCGCACACUGGUCUCCCCCCACUGAACGCUUUUCCUCCACACUGCAACUGAUCUCGCGAUCCCAAAAUUUACCCCUUACUUGGAUGAGGGGUAAAUUGGAGGAACGCGCAAUCAGUGGGUAAAUAUAAGUGCAGUGGGGAGUGAAAAAAUUCUUGAAGGGCCAGCAUGUGGACUGUUCUGUAGCCUGUACACAUUGCUCCUUUACAUUGUACGGUGUACAUGUACAUGUACCCACAAAUUUCUGUGAUGUGAUGUGCUUUCACUUUUUCAAAAGCAAUACUAUGCAUGUAAACGAUGCCUCUAUGAUGGUCUUACGAUUUUCUAUAUAUGUAUUUGUAUAUCUUGUACAGUAUUGUAUAAUGUGAAGUCUGUGCAGUAAUGUGUAAAUAUUUAUAAUAAAUUGUCUAUUAAUUUUGUGUACCUCA